GGCGGCAGCAGCAGCAGCGGCAGCGGCAUUAGCCACCACCUCCACCGAAGCCGCAACCCCAGCUCAGCCUCCCUUUGGCCCCGCCUCUGCUGCAGUCAUGGCUGCUGAUGGAGUGGACGAACGCUCGCCUCUGCUGUCAGCAUCCCAUUCAGGAAAUGUCACUUCCACCACCCCACUGUACUUGUAAGAGACCAGCCCCAGAGCGGAACUCCCACCUCCAUAUACAGCCAUUGCCAGUCCAGAUGCCAGUGGUAUUCCAGUAAUAAACUGCCGCGUGUGCCAGUCUCUAAUCAAUUUGGAUGGCAAGCUUCACUAUCAUGUGGUUAAGUGCAUUUGCAAUGAAGCUACGCCAAUCAAAAACCCCCCGACAGGGAAGAAAUAUGUUAGAUGCCCUUGUAAUUGUCUCCUCAUUUGUAAGGACACAUCUCGGUGAAUAGGAUGUCCCAAACCCAACUGUAGACGCAUAAUUAACCUUGGCCCAGUAAUGCUUAUUUCUGAAGAACCAGCUCAACCUGCGUUGCCAAUCCAACCGGAAGGUACAAGGGUUGUAUGUGGGCACUGCGGAAACACAUUCCCGUGGAUGGAACUGAGGUUCAACACGGCAAAAUGCCCACACUGCAAAAAAAUCUCCUCAGUGGGUAGUGCACUUCCGUGAAGACGCUGCUGUGCAUAUAUUACCAUUGGGAUGAUAUGUAUUUUCAUUGGAGUUGGGUUAACUGUUGGCACCCAAGAUUUUGCAAGGCGAUUUCAUGCAACCUAUGUUUCUUGGGCAAUUGCUUAUCUCUUAGGUUUGAUCUGCCUUAUUCGAGCUUGUUAUUGGGGAGCUAUAAGAGUCAGUUAUCCAGAACACAGUUUUGCAUAAGCUUGGUUAUGAAACAGUGAUGUUGGUGAGAGUGUCUAGCAGUUCUUGAUAAGCUACUCUGGACAUCUUUAAAGUCAUUCAUCCUAAUGGAUUCCAUUCUGGUUUAUGUAUUAUAGUUUCAAGACUUUGGGAGUCUGUUAUGAACAAAUGCUCAUUGCACUACAUUAUAUGCAAAUAGUUUGUUUAGCUGCUGGGUUUUCAAACUUGGAAUAAACCUGUGUUUUCAUGUUAUUUUACAUCUCUUAAAAGAUAUUUUUGGAUUUAUCAUUAAACAUUACAUAUAAUAUCUCCCUUUCAUUAUUUUUUUUAUCAGCUAUUUCAUUACUUGCUGAUCUGUGAGUAUUCCCAAGAAGUGUUUAUAAAUGUUUCUAUAAUAGCUUCACAUUUAUACUUACAUUUUAAUUAUAUAGUAUCAAAAUUGCUUGCUUUAAAAUCUAAGCAAUAUGCAUUUUGCUUGAACUGCUUACAGCAACUUUAACCUAAGAUUAUAGUGACCUUAUUCAGGAAAACAAAAAAUUGAGUGUACCUUCAAAAACUUGACAAUUAUCAGAGAAAAAAAAUUUCUAGAUACUGUAUGCUUGUUUUUUGUUGUUUGUAGAAAGAUUCAGUAUUUUGGUAGUAAUUUAAAAUACAAGAAUGGAAAUAGUUAUUUGUUCACAGUUGGAGAUGUUGGAUAAAUGUCUUUUCUCAAAGAUCACAGGACUUUUUGUGUGUCUUUUUUUUUUUUAUUUACCAGUUACAAAAGAUCUUACCCAAGUUUAUGAAAUUUCAUGUUAUAUGUGUUCCUUUAUAGAGACUGGAGGAAGUAUUUCACACAUAUUUUAUAAUCCUUAACCAUUUAAUCAAAAUAUAUUUACAUUGGAUUGUGCUCCUUUUCAUUAGAUCAUGGCUAAUUUUUCUUAUUGGGGUAAUUAUUACUACUUACAUAUGAAGGAAGCUUAUGACAUUUUACAGUAGCUAAAUAGUUGAGAUUAGAUGUAUUCCUACCAUUCUUCUCAAAUGCAGUUGGUCAGAUAAU